AAGUGCAUGAAUUGUUUGCUUGACAAACUGUUAUGGCGUUUGUGUUCUGAUACACAACGCAUAUUCGGAUCUGUGUUUUAUCGCGUAUAUUAAACCGACUAUAACAUGAUAAAAUUUCUGCUCAAAUAUAGCGAUGCUAUGGCAAAAAAUAGUCUAUAGUGUGAUGAGUGAUCGAUGAAUACGUAUAGCUAUAGGUUAUGUUUCCAUCUUUUAUUAGUAUUUUGGAUAUUCAAUCAUGGUGGGAAGUACCAAGUAUCGCGUAUUUUUGUUCCUUGUUCAGAACUGCUUUCAAUCUUCUAGAUUUUGACAUUGAAGAAUUAGAGGAGGCCUUGUUAACAGAUGGCACAGAAGAAACUGCGAGUUCGCUUUUGACAGAGUUAAUAGUUCGUUUAUUAAACGGCUGUUACGGCAGCAAUGAUAUUUCAGCGUUUAAUUAUCAGAUGUAUUUGAGACGCCUGUUCAGGCAAAAAUGUCAAGAAACCGGCCGCUACAAUCCAUUUAACACCGAUAUUGAUUUUCAAUUUUUGCCGCUCCGGACAAAGGUUGAAAUAUUAUAUGCAUUGUGUGACUUUCGCUUGGAUUCAGAGGAUGUCUUCGAACUAUUCAGAAACCUCGACUCAGAAAGUUUAAGAGUUGAACCGCUCGGAUGGGACAAUAAUGAUUCUGCUUACUGGUACUUCUAUGGGACAAGAUUAUAUCGAGAAGAUGUAAUAAGUAAGCCAAGGUCGAGGGGCAGGAGGAAAAGAGGUCGUGACGGCAAGAAGAGGGGGUGGUUCUAUGGUGAUGACUGGCUGGAUGAUGAUGUGUCGGUGCGAGUGUGGCAAGUGGUGUGCUUCACCGAGAAUGACUGGAACCACCUGACAGACAAGUUUCGGAGAGCAACCAGCAAGGUUGAGAAGGAGCUUUAUCGCUCUCUAUCGCAGAACUUUCUACCAGAGAUACCAAGACUAUUCCAUGAGAAGGAACGCUUGCAGCGAAAAAGCUGUCGCCCACGACAUCGGGAGCGUGGAAAUAAGAAAGUGCUGUUAGAACACGCACCGAGGCGUACAUCCAGCCGUGUGCUGCAGAAGAUCCAAGAGAAGGAGCGGGAGACAAAGCGCAGCGCUCAUGAGGCCAGGGAUAACGGUAGAAAGAUCCAAGCUGCACAGAUUGCACGGGAUACCAGGGCCAGGAGGAGGGAACGACUGAGGACUAAAUCCGCGUCAUCGGAUUCAUCUGACUCCAGCUCAGAUCGUGAAGAAAAAGAAAUGCCCCAGAAGGUUUCAAAAUCUAAGAAGACAGAAAAACAAUCGAAACAUUCAACCACUAAGCGAAAGGGCUCCCCCCCACCGGUGCCCCCAGUGAAGACAGGCAGAAAGACAAACAAUUCCUUAGCCUCUGCCACAGGGCAAAUUGUAAUACCAGACAAUGUGGAACCUGUUAAUAGUACCAGGAAGAAAUUAAAAACAUCACAAAUAUUUACUCAAACUGACGAAGAUGUCCAAAUUGAUAUGUACAAAGUGCUGGAACAGCUCAGUGCUCAUGAUGAUGCCUGGCCAUUCAUGGACCCCGUGGAGGAGGACUACGCUCCCAACUACUAUGCGGUCAUCAGACGCCCAAUGGAUCUACGUAAGAUGGAAGAAAGACUUGACUCCGGAUACUAUACGGACUUCAAUAUGUUUAAAGCAGACUUCAAAUUGAUUGUGAAUAAUUGUCGUCUCUAUAAUGGACAAGAUAAUGAGUAUACGACGAUGGUGGAUAAUCUCCAAGCGGCUUUCGAUCGCCUCACAGAGAAGUACAUUCACCAAGUUUCAUCAUCGGACGAGGAAAUUGCAGUGGAGUACCAGCUGCCGACGCCGUCGCGUAAACACAAGAUUAAGACAAGUGAAUCUCCCAUAGAGCACAAGAGGAAGAAAAUAUCUCAAUCAGAACAAGCUGAGCCGAAAUCCAGUUCCUCGGAUCAAGUCGAACUUGACGAAGAAGACGAGGAAGAGGAAGAACCAGAACCAAAUGAAGAGGAAGAAACAAAAGAAUCUCAUAAAAGUAAAAAGAAACGUAAAAGUCACCACAAACAUGGAAAACAUUCCAAAAAUCAUAAGAAACACUCUCACGAAUCUGAGCACGAAUCUAGAAGUCGACACAGUAAAAAACAUGGAAAAAACAAAGACAGAGAUGGUAAAAAGUCGAAGAGGAAGAAGAGUAAGCAUCAAGAGGUGGAGACAGAAGAGCUUAAGAGAAGCGAGUCGCGGGAGUCCCUGGAGAGCUCGAAUAGA